AUGGUGAACAAGCCCGGGUCCGUCAACGCCGAACAGUUGAGGUCCGAGCAAGAUGCCGGCAACCGGCGCGAGAGCUUCAGUUCGCAAAACUCCCAGACCGCAAAAGAGUUCAUCGAGACCCAGAUGCAGCUUGAAGCCGAUGCGAGAGAAGUCCUCCCUUAUUCAUUUGAUUCAUGUACACAAGAUUUAGGACCUCUGCGACAAAGCCUCUUCGCCUGCUUAACUUGCAACCCUCCACCUGCCAGCCCGGAUGCGCCGUACUCGGCUGCAGGAGUAUGCUAUUCUUGCUCCAUCUCGUGCCAUGGCGAACACACUCUCGUCGAACUCUUCACCAAAAGAGACUUUGUGUGCGACUGUGGGACGACACGGAUGCCCUCAUCUUCGCCGUGCACCUUGCGAGACGAUCCCAAGACAGGCAAGAAGGGAGUGCAUUCUCAGGAACCACACUCCGGCAACAAGUACAACCAUAAUUUCCAGAAUAAGUUCUGCGGCUGUGGUGAGGACUAUGAUCCCAACAAAGAAAAAGGCACUAUGUUCCAAUGUCUCGGUCUAGGGACCGUCGAAACCGGCGGCUGUGGCGAGGACUGGUGGCAUCCCGAGUGUCUCAUCGGCUUGCCGCGCAAUUGGUACGAAGAUGUGAAGAAGGACAUGACUGAGAAUGAGAAGGCUGAGGCUGAGGAUGAAGAGCUUCCGCUGCCACCUGGGUUCCCCAUGGAAGAUGAUUUUGAGACGUUUAUCUGUUACAAGUGCAUUGAAUCAACCCCUUGGAUGAAGCGGUAUGCUGGAACAGCAGGGUUCCUUCCUCCAGUGUACAAGGAAGAUGGAUUGUCCAAACCCACAGAGGACGUUGAGACAGCGCCAGAGACUUGGACCGCAAAUCAAGAGGAACAGGCCACCAAUCAGAAGAAGCGCAAAGUGGAAAACGACGAACAGGAAAGCGAACAGGCAUCGAAGCGCAUAAAGGAGGACAAUGAAAAUGCUAUUCCAGAGACAAAGGCAGAACCAAACGAAGAGCCUACGCAGCCUGAACUUCCCAAGAAAAAGCACGAAUCUCUCCCCAGCUCUGCCCCUCUCGGCAUAUUCUCUAUCUUUCUCAAAGAGGACUUCCGCGACCAAUUCUGCCGCUGUCCUGAAUGUUACCCUAACCUUGCCCAUCAUCCACAACUCCGGGAGGAGGAAGAGACCUACGAGCCCCCUGUCUCCGAAGUUGGUGACGAGGCCAAUGGUGGAGGUAGUACGGGGACCGGAAGUCUCCUAGAUCGCGGCGAAGCGGCUUUGAGCAACAUCGAUCGCGUCAGGGCGAUUGAGGGGGCGAUGGUUUACAAUCAUCUGCGAGACAAGGUCAAGGAGUUCUUGAAACCCUUCGCCGAGUCAGGCACGGCUGUCAGCGCAGAGGAUAUCAAGUCGUACUUUGAAAAACUUCGUGGUGACGAGCAACCUAUGAAAGAUGCCGCUGGUCAGGCUUCUAUGUCUAACAAUGAUGACGAUAAUGACGGAGGCAAUGGUAGGCGGGAACAAAGUGGCUAUUAG